GAGCAAUCUCAUAAGGCAUGUGCAGAACCGUCACAAGGAAUUGCACACGGAGUUCACCAAGGCCAGGGGGGGAAAGGACGAAACGCAGCUGCAGACUUUGGAAACCGCAUUCAAACGACGUCAAAAACUCGACAAAGACAGUUCAGUAUCUUCAUAUACUUAAAUAAAAACUCCAAAGGUCUUUUAUUUUCAUUAGCCGUGGCUGCACUUUUACAGCCAUUUGAAGGAAGUAAUUGCUGUUUAUUCCUAGUGCUAUUUAUUUCUGUCCUUUUUCAGUUAUGACUGUUAAACCAAAUGAUAAAAUAAAUUAUAUGGCUUCAUUCUCUGUAUGUGUGUUUUUAAAAGGGUUUAAUCUGAGCCAGGGGGAAAUGGUAUUUUGAGCAUGUUUUGUUUGAAGAGUGUUUAUUUCCUCAAUCUUAGCGAUGCAACAGUGUUGCACUUACACUUGUAAGAUGCUUGUACUGUACAUGCUUAAGGACAAUAUGACCCAAGCACUCAUGGUCGGUUUUAUGACAGUGUAGUACCCUUGUUGUUGCCAUGGUUUCAGCUUAACAGUCAUUCAUGCAGUCAUUAUAAACACCCAGCAGUAAUAUUUGGGAGUAUUUGGUUAUUAAAGUGUAAUUUGUUAUGGGAGGUGUUGCUGUUGUCCUGCUGACAUUUGAUAUUUAGUUUGAAAAGAACACACACACAUGGAAAUAUAUGUACAUCUAUGACAAUGAUUGAGUUGCCAUCCUAAGCAUUUAAAACCCAUUUUCGGGACAGACUGAUCUGCCAUUUCAAAAGUGGUUCGUGUAAAUUGACUGCAUUUAGCGAACCCUUAAAAUGCUUUACUCUACAAGUCACAUUCGCCCAUUCACACACACAUUUAGACAUGCAGUGAUAUCAGACAUGGAGCUGGAGGAGCUUGAAGACAGCAGGACUGAUAUAAUGAAAGGUUACAAAGAAGCAGGUGACGUGGGCUGUAAGCUGCUUCACUGGCUGGUUGGGCUCCAGGUGAACUUGAAGACAGUGGAGAGGACUGAGCGGACACUCCUGUGGGUCAGUGGGAACCACUAAAUGAGAGCUGUAUGGGAUUGACAGUUUCCCACAGGGGACCUGUGAACAGUCUGGGUUCAUAUGCAGGUGCAUUUUGGAAGCAGAGGGAAGCGGGCCAACAGGAAUCUGAAGCCAGGAUUUGAUCUUAACCAUGAAGAAUUCUUUGAGGACCUUCCUUUUCUCCAGAACGCUUCGAAUCAGAACUAUGUCCCAGAUGCAGUGUUGCCACCAGGGGAACCGUGGCUCCAUGGCGGCCCCUCUCGAGCGGCACUAUCCCUGCCUUCCUGCCUAUGCCUGUGUGGGGACAUUGAGUCUCGGAUGUCUGGUCCUGGUUCUUCUGGCAAGGAGCAGAUGGGAGAUAUGAAAGUGUACGCCAGAUGUCACCUUCAGCAAGGCGUCCUGUUUGGGCCCUUUGUCGGGGAAAUAUGCAGGGGACAAAUGCCGAGCAACCUCAAAUAUACCUGGGCUAUAAGGGAUGAUGCUGCUUUCAUCUACGUCGAUGCCUCUGAUGAAAACGCAUCCAACUGGAUGAGGUAUGUGACAUAUACGAGCAGUGAGGAGGAACACAACCUGUAUGUCUUCCAGUUUUACCGUCAUAUCUACUACAGGGUUUCCCAGCCCAUCACAGAGGGAGCAGAACUUAGGGUUUGGAUUGGCAAGGACUACGCUUCGCUGCUGGGCCUGGGGAUGGGCGACAAUGUCAAAUGUGAAGUUGGAGACAAGGAAACGGCUCUGCGCCUCCUGCAGGAUAUCCAAUUGGUCACCCUUCCAGAGCCAAGCGGCACUUGCCUUUGGUCAGAUCACAGCCAAUCACAGAGCCCCAUGCCUGUCAUCAGUGAUGUGACGACAAUGUCAAAUCCAGAAACAGCUAAUGAUCCAAGUGGGGUGUCUGGCUCUGCUUUCGCCUCCACUUCCAUCAUGUCCUUCCCGUCCCCUGGCACUCAUCUGAUGGAAAAGUAUGAUUUUAUGCCGGGAACGGAGAGACUGCUGAGUAACCCGAAUGCCACGCAACACAGCCCGUGGUACUUUUUUGGGUUCGAGCCAGACCCAACUGGUCGGCCUCUGGACCGGAGCACUGUGGUGUGCAAGCUGUGCGUAGAGCAUGUGGGCUGUGCUGGAGGAGGAGCGGACCUCCAAACCCAUCUCACAAACAAGCACCACAUCAGACCACGUGACUGUAACAAGGAUCGGAGUCUUCUCUUAAUGGGACCACAACGCUCUCAGCCAAUGUUGUUUAGCAGCGGUCUGGUCAGCACACUCCCACUGGUUAUGCCUGCUCAAGUAACCAAUGCCAUCGCCAACUUUCUCAUCAGGGAUCUCCAGCCCCCAGCUGUCGUAGAAGGGGAAGGCUUCAGACAGCUGGUCCACACCCUCCUGCCCUCCUGCAAGGAGCUACCGUCACCUAGUCAGCUCGAGAACUACCUGAAAGAACACCACACCAAAGGCAAGGUGAGCCUGGCUCAGAUGCUGAGGAGGAAAACGGGGAGCGGAGAGAACGAGGACCUGUUUGACUACACAGCUCCCAUCGAAGUUGAACCUAGGAGACGUGGGCGCCCUACUGGCCAUCGGAGGCAAUUUUCUCAUUUUGUCACUUUGAGUGUGGAUGUUUGGUCCCACAAUUGGCAGGGCAACUCUGAGAGGUACCUCACCCUCUGGGCUCACUGCAUAGACUCCAGUUUUAGUUGUAAAAACCUGGCCCUGGCAACCCAAAGAUUGACGGAGAGCAGGGUGAAAGAUGACACCCUAAGAGCAGUGGAGGCCCAAGUCAAAGUGAUGGCACAGGAGUGGGGAAUCUCCCAGCCCCAUCUGGUGCUGCUGGGAGGAGAACGAAGGAAUAGAGUGAGGCCGGGGACAAUAAAGAGGGAGAAAGGGGAAGAGGCUGCAGCAGGUCUCCCUCACCCAAACUCCACAACAUUUCUUGAGAGGGACGACUCGCUGUCGCCUGAGGAACCACUAGUCUCUGAAUACAGCCAUCCCAGUGAGGGACUACCUUCUGUCCCAUGUUUCUUCAGCGCUGUGCAGGAAUGUGUUGAGGAAGUGAUGUCACAUCCUGUCAUCUCCAAGACCCUCUGCCAAUUUCAGGGUAUUCUCUCAAUCCUGUUCCUGCCUCCUGCUCAAAACAGAGGCUCAUAUCUGCCUCAUGUCCAGAGUCUACUGCAGAACCUGACGAGACAGGAGCAGGCAGAGUUGCAGUCGUGGGCUCAUUGUCGGCCGACGUGGAAUAAGCUCUUCCCCCUACUGAGCACGCUGAUCAAACAUAAAAUCCUCGUCUGUGAUGUCAUUAAAAAAGAGAUUAUAGGGGAGGGCUUGUCGAAAGGAGAGCCUGCUCCAGAAAGCAGUUCAUCUGGUAGCUGCCAUGCAAACUCGACCUCCAGCACCUCCUCAUCAAGCAUCACAAUGCGUUCUGAAUGGAAGGUCCUGGAGGAGCUGUGUUUGGUCCUCAGACCUCUGGACGUGGCAUGUCGAACCCUCGCCAAGGAGGCCUUCCCCCGUCUGUCGCUCAUCAAACCUAUCCUCACUGGCCUGCUCUCCCGCCACCUCGUAUCCAGGCCCGGAGAUUCGUCAUCCAUUUUGAAGGAGGUGAAGAGGACGAUGAGGCAGAACUUGGCGAGCUGUUACAACAACCCCGUUGUCAACAGGGCUCUGUGUGUGGCGUGUUCCCUUGACCCCCAGUUCCACGGUCUGGGGUUCAUGGAGCAGAAGGAGCAGACAGCAACAUUCUGUUGGCUGAAGAAAGAGGCCAUCCGGAUCGUGAAGGAGGACAGCAAGAGGAGCAAAGCUAAGAGCCACAUUAAGAGAAGCCCCUCCCCUUUUUUCCCAGAGUCAGACAGUGACAUUGUGCGGCGAAGCAAACGCCUCAGAGAAUCCCGCCCAAUCAACUUCAAAGAGGACGAAGAUGACGACGAAGAGAGUGACAUAGGAGAUGCUGACGAGAAUGAGUCGGCGGACCCAGGCUCUCUGAGUGGGCUAUCUGGUAUGGAGUUCCUGCUGGGUGACCUGUUCAGCUCAGCCCCCCGCAGCAGGCAGAGCUCUGUUGAGGAGUCUAUAGACAUGGAAAUGUCUGUGUUCAGGGCCGAUAAGGGGGCCUCGCUGGGAGUGGAACCUCUGCAGUGGUGGAGGACGAAGGCCGUACAGUUCCCCCUCUUGGCCUCAGUGGCACGGGCCUACCUGGCUGCCCCUGCCGUGGCAGGCAACACAGUGCAGGACUUCAUGCAUGAAGGAGCGGGAGCCAUGUUCAGAAAGAGAGCCAACAUUCCACCAGAGAGUUUGGACGCAAUCCUCUUCCUCCACCACAACCACAUGGCCACCACUGAUGCUGGGCAAACGUCAGUUAGGAACGACGUCAAGAGUGGGAUCGAAAAGGUCCCAUGAACAGGCGCACACACAUAUUCAUUCAGUGGGCGGCUGUGGCUCGGAGUAAAGACGUUCGCGCUGUAUGAAUGUGUGUGAAUGGGUAAAUGUGACUUUCCUAUAAAGCGCUUUGAGUGGUCUAUAUGACUAGAAAAGCGCUAUAUAAAUACAGUCCAUCCAUUUCCCAUUUUUCACAUGCUCUGAGUUGAACACAGCUACCUGUGUAACACCUACCCCUCAUUCAGAUUUGAAUUUGAAUAUUGCCACAACUCAAAGAAGGCUUUCUGUAAAAAAAAAAGAGAAACAGCACCAGAGCAACAUGCUCAAUCAUUAAAACUCAUUGCUGAAGUUGUUAAUUCCGUCUUAAUUGUAUCGUCAAUAUGUACACAAAUCUGAUUUGAUAUUUUCAUUUUAUCUAUUGGGGACUAAAGAGAAGGAAGAUAAAAUCACUUAACAGAGUAUGAAUGGUUUGGUUUACACUACUGCUGACUUACAUUUAAGUUUUCUUGCAUGUAUUAAUUAUUGUAGCAUAUAGUGCCUUACCUUGUCAAAAUACUAACAUACAAAAGAUUGAAAGUUAUUCAUAUUUUUUUUUUAUCCUUCAUGCCAAAAUUUGCUCAAUGUUUAGUGUAUAACUGAAUGCAAGUGCGUAGACUGUCGAACUUGUAGUGGUAGUAUUGAGUAAAACUUCCACCACGUGACUUGUAUUUUGCAUUAUGACUUUUGGAGACCACCAUGUGGCAAAGAGAGACAUUUGCUAAAGAAUUUGCUACCUCAUGUUAAACUGUAGAGAAAAUGGUCCACUGCUUGUUCCCGUAGGUUUUUUUUUAUCCUCCAAACUUUUACAAAGCACGCUUUUCAGUUUGGCAUUUUUCUACUUUUGUAACAUUGAAUGAAGCAUAUUAGCACAAUACAUUUAUUGUUCUACACUG